GUCAUCAACACACGCCGCUGGUGCUUCGCUCCGAAACAAAAACGGAAUACAACAAACUAUACGUGAACCGGGGACAUAUUACAGCUAUGAGUGGAAGAAGUGGUUUCUAAAGCGUGUUUUACGACACCCUGUGACACAAGGACUGUGACGUCGGCGGUAUCCUCGUGCUCCAGCACGCGUCACGGCUGUUGACAACAAACUUGGCGCUAGCUAAAACAAAAAGCUAGCCACUUGGCGCGGUUUUGAAGAAGGGCAUUACCGAACUUACACGUUACCAGGAUGGACUGCAGCACAAAUGACGCGGCCAGCGAUGUGGCGCACGACUCUCCAGAAAACAGUGGCUCUUGCUCUGAUGAUGACGUGCCGCUCCCGAAGAAGCCACACAGGAAGGGGAAACAGUCGCGUGGAAACGGGCACAGAGCCGCCUCUAAGUCAGCAAAGAACAAAAGUGCUACGGAUGAUUCUUCAGAUGAUGAGCCUUUGACAAAAAAGAAAACACCAGCUAAGAAACCAGAGAAAAAAGGCACCAAGUCAAGCAAAUCUAAUGGCACAAAUGACAAGAAAGCAGCUGUUUCAGAUAUCAACUCUGAUGACGGCUCCGACAAGGGAAAAAUUGGCAGAAAGUCCUGUAAGGGGGCAAAGAAGUCUUCCCCCUCGCCUCCGAAAAAAUCUGAGGGAGACACAGAAUCAGAGAGUGAAGUUCAUAGCUCGGCCGAUGAUGAGACUUUCUGUGAAGUUCCCAAGAAGACUUACCCGAGGCGUAAGGCCUCUGCUCCUCCCAGAGUAAUAAAAUCUCAAAGGAAUGCAGGAAGGGGAAAGGUUAAAUACGUAGAGACUUCCAGUGACAACUCGGAUGAUAAACCGCUGCCUUUUGCAAGGGUGACAAAGGGUCCCAUAGAGCCAAUGUCUUCACCAGAGGGCAAGAAAACAAAACCUAAAGGCAAAUCCCCAAAAGAAGACCCAUCAUACUCAGACAGCCGCUCCGAAGAAGAUGAUGAUGAUGACGACGACAAGCCCCUGGUGAAGCUUGCUGCCAAGAAGAAGAAGAAACCAGGGAAGAAAAAUGCAAAGAAGGCAACUGCGUCACCAGGCAGAGAGUUGAGAAAGAGACGAGGACUCUCCGAUGAAAGUUCAGAUUAUGAACCCUCGAGUAAUAUCGGGAAAAAGAAACGUACAGGCAAACGAAGUCCAAAAAAACCGAAGGCUUCACCUCGGAAAAAGAAAAAAGCCACUCCCAAAAAGCCAAGAAAGAAGUCUGAGUCUGAGUCAGAGCCAUCAAGCCACAGUUCAGACGAUGAACCCUUAACCAAGGCAGCCACACACCCACAAGUGACCAAAAUCCUGGACAUUAUACUCGAGGUGUGAUGGUGAAGAAACUGGUGAUGCAGGGAGCCUGAAAAAACCCAGGAAAGAAACACAGAAUGAUGGGAAGAUGUCGAGGGAGGAGUCUGAGGAAUCACCAGAAGAAGAAUAGGCAGCGACCUUUCAGCUGGACGGGGAAGUUAAAAGCACCUCGUGGUUAAAGGACUUGCUAAAGUUUGAAUUCCUCCGAGGAACAUCCUAAAAAAACAAAAUCACACUUAGUGAUCACGUUAAGUGUUUUUUAUAUGUUGAUUUUAGGUGUUGAUAUUUUUACUCAUUUUUAAGUUUGGGACCAGUUUUUGUAGUUUCCCAAAGGAUUUUAUGCACAGUCUUUGAUGUUAUUUUACAAUGUGUGCCUAUUGUUUGCAUUUUCCAUCUCCUCUAGCUUUAAUGUUUUAGGAAAAAAGAAAACAAUGUAACGCUCACUGAUAUUAAGUUACAGCUCUGCUUUCAUAUGAAUUGUACGCUCAGCAUGCCGCGGAGAAUCUGUUGUGUUGGAUUAAACUGCUUUCACUGUGACAUUCAUAACCGAUGAGUCGGUCUCCAUUUCAGCUGAUGGCUACUUUAUUCUUGAGUUAUUUUAAUUCUAGUGAGAUUGGAUGUCAAAUUGGUUUUAUUAUAAUAAAAAGACUAACAAGCAAUUAA